AAACCUGCAGUGACUCUCCACUUAAAAGCGUUCAGUGAUUUCAGUCACAGGUCUGUGUUUGGUUAUUAUUAUGAAGUCAACUGAUUAUUCGAAGACAUGUACUGUCUUACCACGCGUUUACUCUGCACAGCACAGUCGGAACACAAAACUGUGGCUUUGUAGAUCUAUUUUGGCAGCAUGCGUUUGCUUUAUCUACUGGAAUGUGUUGGGUUUGAUGUCUUCAGAAGACUGGAGCACAACAUUUUACAGGGCUGGAUUAGAGGCUGAAGUAAACUGGUUUGAAAACAAAGCUGAAGAGGAGGCAGCGCCAGCCUGCUCCUUGAGACAUACCAUAAAGAAAGACGAUCAUCUGAAGAGAAAGUUUAGCUUCUUGGUGCCUGUUCUGCAGUGGCGUGAUUCUUUUAGGAAUUCACAUUGGCAAAAGCUCCAGAAUGAACCGUUGCCAUAUGGCUGGAAGGACCAGCCUUUCUAUGAAAUAGGCAAGACACUUUCUCUGCUCUCACAUCCUGCCAACAGUCGUCUGUUUGAGCGGAAAACGUCAGAUACCUGUGUGCGUUGUGCUGUGGUGGGUAACGGAGGUAUUCUGAAUGGAUCCAGGCAGGGGAAAACCAUAGACAGUCACGAUUAUGUUUUCAGGGUAAAUGGGGCAAUAAUCCAAGGGUUUGAGGAUGAUGUUGGGACAAAGACAUCUUUCUACGGCUUCACCACCAACUCUCUCAAGAACUCCUUAAUUGGUUAUUACCAAGACGGCUUCCACAAAGUGCCACGUGAUCCGGACAUCGGGUAUAUUUUUAUCCCUGCCGAGACUCGAGACUACGUGAUGCUGGCAGCUGCCAUCCAGGGUGUCUCUGUAACCUCGGGACCUGAUAAAGGGGACAGGCCCUCAGAACUUUUUGGAUAUAAUCCUGAAAUACAUCAGUUUAAGAUGAUCCAUCCAUCCUUCAUUCAAUAUGUGACUCAAAGGUUCCUAAAAUCUCCACUGCUGAAGCAGUUUAGAGAUAUUUACAUGCCCAGCACGGGUGCACUGAUGCUUUUGGUAGCUUUGCACAACUGUGACCAGGUCUCUGCAUAUGGCUUUAUCACAGAAAAUUACAAAGACUUCUCAGACCAUUACUAUGACAAGGUGACGAAGCCUCUGAUCUUUUAUGCCAACCAUGACAUGAAGAUGGAGGGAAGUCUGUGGAAGCAGCUACACUCUAAAAAAGUAUUGUGGCUAUAUCAGAGACAAACAAAUGACAUGAACACUUCAGUGAAUCCUGGGACAUCUGAGAGAAAAAAAAGAAAGAAUGCAUAGUGAAAUUGCCAAAGCAGUAUUUGUUCUGGUGUGCCCUGAUUCUGUUGCAUAGGCGACAAAAUUGAGAAUCGCAUUUUUAAUAAGCUAAAUUAAUUGUUUAACUCAAAGUGUUACUUGGAGAAUUUCCAAUCUGGUUUCCCGUCACAUUACAGCACAGAGAACAUGCUUCUGUUUAACUAAAUAAUGAGAAAGGUAAAUAUAAGUGCUGAUUUUACUGAUAUUUAGUGCUGUACUCUCAAUCACAAUACACACUUAGACAAACUUGAAAACUGGGUUUGGCUCUUUUGGCCAAAUCUAGAAAGCAAGAAAUUCUGUGUGAACACAGGUGCCUUUAAAUGAACUGCAAUGACAUGGCGGUCCCCAGGGUUCAAUCUUAGGUCCUCUCCUAUUCAGUCUGUAUAUAUGUCCACUAAGCUAAAUAAUGUGGAACAACAAAAUAGCAUGCUAUAGCAGUUCAAACUAGCUCAUUAACAGCAGAUCAGAUAUUAAUAGAUUUGAUAUGAUAUCAUUAAAACCUAAAUGCACUUAAAGAGCUAGAGCUGCGACAACUAGAUAUUGUCACAAUUAUGUUCUGUUUUGGUAUUGUUUUUGUAUUCACAUUUUCUUGAGUUCCUUUGUUAAUCUCUUUAUUUAUGUAUUAAAUUUAAAUUAUGAAAUAGCUGUACACCUGUUCUGUUUCUCCCUGAUUGUUUAUCUUCUGUUUAUCUCCUGCCUGGUUUUUUAUGCAGAUUCAUUAUUAAAAGACACUCUUUUGUUUA